AUGAAUCCUAACAACAUCGCAGUACAUAGUGGCAAGAACAUAGAGCCGACAACAUUGUUUCUCCAACGUUGCAAGAUUGCGAGCAGAAAUCCCUUAGCCGAGAAAUCUCAGAAACCGGCAAAAGACCAACGAAAUUUCAAGUUAAACUCAAAAUAUGGAUUACAUAAAAUAACCCAAAAUAGACUGCUCAGAAAGCCAGUUUCUACCCUUUCCAUUCCGGGGGCGGUGAAAAACUCCAGCAGGGACUCAACGGGAGGAGGGGGCAAAAUGCAACAGGACGAGGGUGCUGGAGUAGCCUUGGUAGGUCAUGUCGACUAUCCAAGGUUCAUGGAAGACCGCACCAUAGGGACUGGUUACAAAGGACCAUCUUCAGGUAGUCUUAAGCACAAGCCCAAUGUAGGCUAUCGAUUAGGCAGGAGAAAAGCUCUUUUUGAAAAACGAAAGAGGAUUAGUGAUUAUGCUUUAGUUAUGGGUAUGUUUGGAAUUAUUGUGAUGGUUAUGGAAAAUGAACUUUCAAGUGCCGGCGUUUAUCGUAAAGACGAAUUUUAUUCAAUUGCGCUCAAAACUUUGAUAUCUGUAUCGACUGUGAUUCUUUUGGGCCUCAUUGUAGCCUACCACGCUUUAGAAGUACAGCUCUUCAUGAUUGACAAUUGUGCGGAUGAUUGGCGAAUAGCGAUGACGUGGCAGCGUAUAAGCCAAAUAUCCAUGGAGCUGGUAAUCUGUGCAGUGCAUCCAAUCCCGGGUCAUUACCGAUUCGUAUGGACAACGAAAUUAGCCAAUAAGCAAAACGGUGGUAUUGGGUCAAAGUGCGUACCGUACGAUGUGCCCUUAUCAUUGCCAAUGUUCCUUCGACUGUACUUAAUUUGCCGUGUGAUGUUAUUACAUAGUAAACUGUUCACGGACGCUUCGUCGCGUAGUAUUGGUGCUUUAAACCGAAUUAACUUUAACACACGUUUUGUGCUCAAAACAUUAAUGACUAUCUGUCCCGGGACAGUCCUUCUUGUCUUUAUGGUGUCGUUGUGGAUCAUUGCUAGCUGGACUUUACGGCAGUGUGAGAGAUUAACUAUGUCUAAAGAACGAAAUCGAGGUCUUAGGGGAAAAUGGAGUGAAGAUAACAUGCAGAAUGCUAUUGCUUCAGUUGAAAAUGGCAUGUCCAAAAAUUUAGCGAGUAAGAUAUUCAACGUACCUCGUGGAACGCUGAGAGAUUAUUUACGAAAAAAUGAAACAUCAAAAUGUGGCUUGGGUCGCAAGCCUGUUCUCACUAAAGAACAAGAACAAUAA